AUGACGAGAGCGAUGUGCAAGGAAUCCGUAAAGGUCGCGUGGUCCAGAGUGCUACACAGCCAUGUUUACGGCGCCGCACUAAGGCUACUAGAUCAGUUCGUACGUUUGGAGCGGAAACAAUUCCAAUAUUGUCGAUCGGCGAAGCUAUCGUCCGCACGGGCUGUGGACAUCAAAGAUGAGAAUCGAGGAACGGACAAAUUGGAAAACCAGAUAGAGGACGAUGCGUACGCACGUGAAACGUUUAAUGGUGAUGCUUCCUCUCAUUAUCCGUUCAAUUUGGCGGAUGUGGAUCGGAGAAGGAAUUGGAGAACAGCAUUCUCCCCUUUUAAAAAACGGGCGGCUGAAAUUAAACACGUCUCCGCCAAUCAAGGAAGGAGCAUCUGCCAAGAUGUGGAUUUAAAAUCAAUAAAAAUCGCUGGUGAAAACGAAUCCGUGUCAACUGAGGCAAGCCGCAAAGGCGGAGUCACGGGUAGUGGGACUGCCGAACGAUCUUCAGAGCCCAGCUACACCAAUAAGUCCGCGCUAACUGCCGAACAGCAAUCCCUGCGCAAUAAGAGUAUCGCCAGUUGCAUCGAAUCAUACCUGAGGGAAAGGCUCAACCCCAAGUGCUCUGUCGGCGUAUUCGGAAGCGCCAUUAACGGGCUUUGGACUGACGCCAGCGACCUCGAUAUAUGCGUUCAAAUACCCAACGUGACUUCUAGAAGCGCAAUUAUUCGUAAUCUAAGGCGCAUUGCGUUCCUAUUGCAACCGUUGGCUCCAGGGAGGGCCUUUGAAAACAGGUUCACGGCAAAGAUACCCAUAUUGCAUUGGAAAAACGAAAAACCUAACAAAAGAAUCGGCGAUCCGCUUAUACAAUCGUUAGGUAGCUCCAUAGAUAUUUCGGUGAACAACGUUCUCGCCAUAUCAAAUUCCGCGCUACUAGGGACAUACGUUGCAUGUGACUCCAGAGUAAAGGACCUGGUUUUGGCUCUCAAAAAAUGGGCGCGAUGCCGAGACCUUAACGACCGAUCUAAGGGGACGCUAGGUUCAUUCGCGCUCUCGUUAAUGGCGAUACAUUUUCUACAACGGUGUAACCCGCCAGUUUUGGUGUCGCUACAAGACUUGGCCAUCGCAGACAACGAAUCACCAAAGUAUGUUAGUGGAAUUGAUGUUAGGUUCACAACAAACAUGCGACGCAUAAAAGAAGAACUUAACUGGGCAUCGAAAGGUGUACCAAAUGGAAUGACUGUUGCCGAAUUAUUGCAAGCAUUCUUCUAUUACUUCGGUUGGACGUACACCAAAAACACACAACUGCCCAUUUGUAUCCGCAGCGUUGAUUUCCAAUACAUGGAUACUCCUCUGUCUUUUGCGCAUAAAUCAGCGGGAAUUGACUUAGAUGAAAAGUUCAUGCACGUUGAUAACCCUUUCGAGGUGGGUGUUGACGUGGCUAACAUUUCGUUCCACCAGCGUAUCCGCAUCGUGACGGAGCUGCGGCGAGCGUACCAAAUACUGCGGGCGGGCGGCAGCUACGACGACAUACUGGCCGGGUGA